UCCUGCCCAUUCCCACGGAGGCGCCGGCCGGGCAGGCGCAAGGCUCGCGUCUCUGCCUCCCUCUGCCCCGCGCACCCCUCGCGCUCCCGCCAUGGGCGAUGUCAUCUCGUCGCACCUGGACGAGAGCCGCCGCCAGCACAUCGCAGAGAAAACAGCGAAGGUGCUAGGAGAAUUCUGCCAGUUUUACAAAGACCAGUACGGAGUCGCGCUCUUCAACAGCGUCCGCUAUGAAAUCGAAGGCAAUGGAGGGCCGCAGUCCCAGCUGCUCCACCGGAAGGUGCCGUUGGAGGACCACGUCAUCUUCUCUGGGAACCUCUUCCAGUAUUUGGAGGAGAACAAGAAAUGGCGAAACCGUUUCAGCGUUGUUCCGCACAACUAUGGCUUGGUGCUGUAUGAGAACAAGCCGGCAUAUGAGAGAGGGAUGCAGCCUCGAAUACUCAUCAACAGUGCUGGUUACAAAAUCCUCACCUCCUUGGAACAGUAUUUUGAGCUUGUCAAUAACAGCUUGCCAGGGACUACAUCCAAAUCUGGCAAUGCCCCAAUCCUGAAGUGCCCCACUCAGUUUCCCCUCAUCCUCUGGCACCCCUAUGCCCGGCACUACUACUUCUGCUUGAUGACUGGAAAAGAGCAGGACAAGUGGCGAGCAGUGUUCCAGGACUGCGUGAGGCACUGCAACAACGGGAUCCCUGAGGACUCCAAGGUGGAAGCCUCAGCCUUUACAGAUGCCGUCCGCAUGUACCGCCAGUCAAAGGAGCAGUACGGCACCUGGGACAUGCUCUGCGGCAAUGAAAUCCAGAUCCUAAGCAAUCUUGUGAUGGAGGAGCUGGUCCCUGACCUGAAGAGCACGAUUGGACCCAGGCUAAAGGGCAAGUCCCAGGAGAGACAAAGAAUCUGGAUCCAGAUCUCGGAUGCGGUCUACAGGAUAGUCUUCGAAAAGACAAAGGCACACUAUGAAGCAGUUGUGACCAAGUGUGAGCUGGAGCAGCCCAGGAUGGCGAGCACCAUCCGCACAGACAUGGACCAGAUCAUCACGUCGAAGGAGCACUUGGCCAGCAAAAUACGAGCCUCUGUCUUUCCCAAAGCGGAGAUCUGUGUCCGAAACCAUAUCCAGCCCUACAUCUCCUCCAUCCUGGAGGCGCUGAUGUCUCCUACAAGCCAGGGCUUCGCUGAGGUGCGGGAAGUGUUCUUCAAGGAGGUUACGGACAUGAACAUGAACAUUGUGAAUGAGGGUGGGAUGGAGAAGUUGGGAGAGUACAUGGAGAAGCUCUCUCAGCUGGCCUUCCACCCUGUCAAGAUGCAGUCCUGCUAUGAGAAGAUGGACCAGCUGAAACUGGAGGGGCUUCAGCAAAGAUUUGAUGUCUCCAGUCCCUCUGUGUUCAAGCAGAGGGCUCAGAUCCAUAUGAGACAGCAAAUGGAUGAUGCUGUGUACACCUUUGAGACCCUCCUGCAUCAAGAGCUGGGGAAGAUGCUGGGCAAAGAGGACUUGUGCAAAUCAAUCCAGCGCAUCCUUGAAAGGGUGCUCAAGAAGUUUGACUAUGACAGCAGCACCGUGCGAAAGAAGUUCUUCAGGGAGGCUCUGCUGCAGAUCACUAUCCCCUUCCUGCUGAAAAAACUGGCGCCAACCUGCAAGGGGGAAUUACCCAAGUUCCAGGAACUGAUCUUUGAGGACUUUGCCAGCUUCAUCUUGGUGGAGAACACGUAUGAAGAGGUUGUGCUGCAGUCAGUCAUGAAAGACAUCAUGCAAGCUGUGAAAGAAGCAGCAGUCCAGAGGAAGCACAACCUGUACCGUGACAGCAUGGUCAUGCACAACAGUGAUCCAAAUCUCCACCUGCUGGGAGAGGGCGCGCCCAUCGACUGGGGAGAGGAGUAUGGCAACGAGCCAGAUGCAGAUCCAUCUGCCGAGAAGCGGCGCCGAGCCAAGCAAGUGGUGUCGGUCAUCCAUGAUGACGAGGGAGCCCUGUCCUUUGAGUCUGGUGCAGAGAGGCUGAUGCAUCAGAGCUCCCAGGAGGAGACAGAGUCAGCAGAGCUGGAGACCUGCUCUGCUCCUGGAACACCAGGGUCUUCUGAUGACGUGAAAGAAAUACGGGAGAUGCUGGUGACAGAGGUCCAAAUGGAGACCCCUGUCCCUGCUGGAGACGAGGCGAAAGAACACCUGACGAAUGGUACAAUAGUGCAGGAGAGUGGCGUGGCGGAGGGAGCUGCCCAGAAGGCCGACUGCCCGGCCCCCUUAGAACUCACUGCCCACCACGAUGCAGGUUGCCAGAGCCCAGUCAGCGAGGAGGCACAGGCACCAAAAGCUGUGCCAACAGCACCUGCCUCUCCAGUCAAGCCACCUUCCCUGGGAGUUGCCCUGUCACCUGCUGAGGAGAGAGCAGAAGCAAACAGCUGCAAACCUAGUGACAAGGAGACGGGGGAGGAGGUGUCCACCCAGGCCUGUGUGGAGAACGUGGAGCCAGCCCAGAUGGCCCCAGAGACCAGCGUGGGGGCCCCAGAGACCAGCGUGGGGACCACAGAGACCAGCAUGGGGACCACAGAAACCAGUGAGGGGAUGCAGACUGAGUUUUAGGUCAGCUGCCCUCUCAGGAUUCCUGUCAAGCAUGUACACUGUGUGCCAAAGGCAAACUGGAGUCAAGGACACCAUGGGACUCGGGUGGGGGGGACUCGUAGGCUGGUCCAGCCACAGCAUUAGAAGCUGUUACAUUCCUGGGUUCAGACUCCAUCGUUUUGGGGAAGGGGGUGGGGAGAACCACCGAGAUGCAGUAUCUCCUAAAUCACAGCCCUGCUUGGGGAAGAAUGCUCUGCUGAUGGGUGCAGCAGUUCAGUACUGGUCCAAACCCAGCAGCCUCCCAGGGCUCUGCCUCUUCAUGUAGGGCAUUCCUCCCCACUCCCCUGCACUUCGCCCUGUCUUUUGUUUUUCCUUCUUACUGAAGACACUUUACUUCAAAAUAAGUUUGCAAAUGCCUGGAGUAGCCACUAGAGAGCAGCAGUCUUGUACAUCGACAUCAGGGGAGGUCCGGGGUUUUUAGGGAUUUCUAUAACCAUUACGACCAUCUGGCUGUUCCUUUAACCUGUUACUCUUGCUCUAACCAAAGAGGUCAUUCUGGCACACCGUGCCAAGGAUGUCGAAUGCAGUCUGAGGCCCACAGCCUGUACCUAUUGUCCAUGAACCUGCAUUCAGGAACCCAGAUGAGCUAGGCUGUGGACAUCCCCUCUACUCUGUGAAUGUUCAACACUGGCACCCCUUUCUCCAAACAAAUGACGAGGCCCCUUUAUAUGCCUGUAUAUAUACUGUUAAAGCCAGGGCCAUGAAUUUAAUGUGGGUCUUUCCAUCUUCUCUGGCACAAGGAGGAAUAACUUUCUCCAACAUGAACUUUAAAUUGAACUGGAAUCCUUCUUUCCUGAUUGGCCCCAAAGAAGAAGAGGAUGGGAUUGCUGCUCACAUGGUUCUGAGCUCAUGGAUGUCUGAUUCCAACAUCACAGAGACUGAGGCAGAAACAGAACUAUCCUGAAUACAAAGAAGAUUGGGCAGCACCUUAAUUCUUUUGCUAGUGGCUUCUUGUGUGCACUGUUUGGACUGUAGGGUCUACUCAUGGUGCCAAAGCAGUUGUCUUUUGUAGGACUGGUAUGGGAAUGGAAGGAGCCAGCAUAUUUUUCAAAUCAAUUAAAUACUGCUGCCACCACAUCCCUCCUACCCUGUCUGUACAGACAGGGUAAGACAGUGAAGAAAUCUUGUGUUUGGUGUGCUUGGAAGGAGGAAGCAGAGAAUGGUUGGUCUAAACGUAUCAGCCAGUGUCAUGGUGCUCCUGGGACACUUGGGUAGAUGUCUGAUUGUCUUUCCUGGUUGAAAAUAGUUAUUGAUACAUCUCAGAGGUCUAAAAUCAGCCACUUUUAAAUCGAUAUUAUUGGCCAGAAACAGGGGGCAGGGUUCUAUUAAGUCCCUAUGAGUGGUGACUCUGCCACACUUUCUUUUCCUUCCAAGACUUCUACCACCCAGCAGUGUUAUUCCCGAAGAGCACCAAAACAAGCUUAGCUGGUGGCUUUUAAAUACUAAUGUUCACAAGAGUGUGUUUCAUAGCAGGUCGCCUGCCCUUUCUUACAAACUUGAGGAGGGACCAGAGGGAUGGAAUGGAGCCCUGGAAGGAUGGCUGUGGUAGGUGAAAUGGGGAGGAAAUAGGUGCUUUUUAAAGGCUUUUAAGUUGGAUGGGGAGAGGAAGUUGGCUUUGCAGAGAGCAAGGGGAGGCCAAAGAAAGCUAGACAUGUAGAUGGCGUGGUUUGGAGAGAGAACCGUGCGGGACAUAACUGACCUAUGCAAAGUUUAAAGCUUUUGUCUUGGGUAGACAGAGCUUCUGGAGCUGGUGCAGCUGCUGGGUGGCAAAAGGGGCGCGGGGUGGGGUGGGGGGGGAGGUGGGGCAAGAGUCUGACUUGCUGAAGCUGUAGGACUUUGGCUUGCUGCUAACUAGCAUCUCCCUUCUGCAUGUGGCACACGUUCAUUUAGAGCUCUUAUUUUCAUUGUGCUUGUUUCUAGAGAUGGCUGAAUUGCCCGUGGGUAGGAGGUGGCUUGCGGUCAGCUGGGGGAUGCUUUGUGAAAUUCCUAAUACUGAGAGAGACAAGCAGACAAAGAUAUUUAUGUAGACACAUAUAGCUCUGAGCAGGCAGCCCAGGGGUAACUCUCGGACCUUUUCAGAGCAAGGGAGGAAUGGAUAGAGACAAACCGACCUUAAGGAAAGACUUUUUCUAGCCCCUCAGAAAACCUCUUGGGGUGGGAUGGAGGCCGUUUCCUUACCUUUACCUGCUGAAUUCAUAGCUGUUCCUCAUCAUUUCCUUAUUACUGCCUGACUCAUCUGGAAAGUUGUGCCAACAUGCUCAGCUCUUCCCAAACAGCCCGUGGGCUGGGGUUAGAUCUCCCCUCUUACUUUGGUCAGUCUCCUGCGAUGAGGCUGUGCUGUCCAAGCAAUCCAGGUAAAUUUACAUCAGUCCCACGGAGGUGUUUGACCCGGUUGGGGUAAUAAGACUCCCAAUGGGAAAUAUCAUGGCAAAUGAGCCUUUUAACAAUGAGUCGAAUGGCUUUGUGCCCCUUGGGUUUCACUCUUAUUAAACUGCAGGGCUUAAGGUCUUCUGGAAAUGCCUAUCCUGAGAGAGGUGACUUUCCCAAUAUGCUACCUCCCCCUGCUGUGUCUUUGGUGCAAAUAGGUCAUGCCCCUGGUUUCAGUAAGUUUAGAACAAAUUCUUAGAUGCGGGAGGGCAUUCCCAUGACCAUAGACAAAUGCCACCACCUUUGCACCAAGUGUGAGGGCCAUGGGAACCCUGUGGCCUUUCAAUCAAAGGCAAGCCUGAUGGGAAUGUGCACAUGAAUCUGGCAAUGUUGGUAACGGUAACCAAAGGGCUUGUUAGCUCACAUGAAGUUAACCAGGUGCUUUUAUGUGUGCUGGACAAAUGACUCCUCCAUGUGGGCACAGUCCAACUUGCCACACUUGCACCAUUUUCAGUAUGUCAGACAUGAGACGAAUACAUUCUCUUGCCAAGUAUAGGAAAAGGCAGCGCUCCCAGAACGGGUUUCCCCAAAGCUCUCUUGGGCAUCUCUGGUGCACUCCAGCAAUCAGAGGAUAGUCGCACUGAGAGAGCAACUGAGGUUCAGCUGGGCACUGCGCUGAGCACUGGGGUAGUAUAGCCCAGUAUGCAAUGGGCACCUGGGGCCUCAAGGUGAUAGGUGUGUUUCAGAUGCCUAAUGUUCAGAGAAUCUGGGAGCAUGUAGCUGGUGGGACUUGGGUUGUGGGAAGGAUUUCAGCAGACAAAUGACAUGUUCCUAUACUUAAAAUGUGGCAUAUGGUUGACAUGACUUGUCAAGUCACCUGACUAGGACAGUUCUUCUUACAACACAAAUGGAAAGGGAGGCCCUUUCCUCAUCUACAAAGACAUUCCAACUUCCGUGUAUAUUUUAAAUGCCAUUGUUUCUUUUUUAACUGGGGAAUGCCCAGUCUAAACAACUUGGGCUCUCCCAACAAGUGCCUUGCAUUGGGGAUUAAAAACCUUGUCUCUUUCGCAAUACAUUGAGAAUGUUAUACAAAUGUUUAAAAUAUGCUUAGAAGAAUUAAAUAAAAAUCAGCCUUAUUUAAAGCCAA